AUGGGAAUCCGUGGCCUUCCCAAAGAGCUGCACGAGAGCGAGGGAAUACCUGGGGGGUCUUGUAAGGAUGCAGGAAAAUCAACACACGUGGAUUUCCUAUGCCGCUUCUUCCGCUUGCUACAGGCACGUGCAUUCCAAAUUCUCCAACAACGCAUCAAGGCCGGGUCUGACUCUGCCACAAUCACGCCUGCCCCAGAGCUGCAGUUAGAGACCGAGGUGCCCGCAAGAUCUCGAAAAAGGAAGAACAUCGCCGAGCACAACUCAACCCCCAAUACCCCUUCCCUUGAUGUCACCAUUCCUUUUGAUCCCAAACAGACAUUGGAUGAGCUGAUCGAGGACAGUAUUGAUAGACUCGGCUACAAGAACCUUUUCCUCAACCCAGAAGGCCUGUCCCCUGUCGACAAGAAGAAUCUGCAGACCUUCCGAGCAGUAGGACACGUCCUGGAUGAUAUCCUGUCCAAGGAAUUCGACAAAGAGCUCACCAUCAUUCAUGUGGACGGUUCACCAUCAGAGCAGAAGCGAGGAGAACAUCGGCAGAGAAACGCGACCCUAAAGCGAGCACUGGACAAGCUACAGACGAAGGUCAGCGGUUCAACCCGGUCAACAAAGCAGCUCUUCAAGGCCUGCAAGAACAACUACCGCCUACCCCGAGGGAGUCUCGAGCAGGAUAUCCUUCCGGUGUUGAGAGAGAAAGGCUGGCAGAUCCACCUGUGCCCGUAUCAAGCGGAUACAUGCCUCUCAAGAGUGUGUCAGGACGCCCCAGACCCCGACUCUGUCAUGAUCGUCACUUCUGAUAGUGAUCUAAUUGUCUACGAGGGGAUCCGCCACAUCAUGAUGCCCGUGGGCAAGACGAGGGAGUUGCAGUUGUUCGACAAGACCAAGCUCCUGGACCGUCUAGAUCUGCCGUCGGAACAGCACCUUCUCCUUGUCUGUAUCGUAACCUCCAACGAUUACGUGAAGAAUCUUCCGUACUUUGGGCUUCACAAGAACUGCGACAUCAUACGAGACUUUGAUCUGACAAGCCUAGGGCCGCUGGGAGGAUCUGGAGACAACGACCACAGAGCCGAGGCAUUGAUGCCGUUCAUUCAAAACUACCUGGACGAAGAACUGUACUCUCGCAAAAGUCAACAACAGCAGCCUCAGCAACCCAGGAACGACACCCACACCUUCACACAGCACCUACCACCAGAGCGAGUCCCGAUCAAACUGUCUUCUACCAAGGACAUGGGCAUGGACACCGAUACGAACAUCGAAUCAGCACCCCCGUCAACAUCCACGCAAUAUGAUUCCAAGACGAUCUCCGAAUGCACCCGGAAGCGGAAAAGAUCCCUGAAACACAAGCAGCAGCGGAAGGAUCGAUUCAAGGCUAAGAAGUUAGAAGCCAAACACAAGCAGUGGAGAGAGUCACAGUUCAAAUCAAGGACCGAUAUUCAGAAGAGGUAUUCAGUCAGAACUGUCAACAUCCACGACGCCCCAAACGUCGAUGAGGCUGAGCUUUCCCAUAUGACUGUGCCUAAGCCUCGCUCCCAGAAACAGUCAUCUCCGUCUAUCAACAACCCGGUCUCCGACAACAACGCCAAAGAUACAUCCAAAACAACAAGCGGUUCUUCGUCCCAGCAGAAAUCCAGCGAAAACUCCCAACAAAAGAAGAAGAAGCGCAAACCUAGGAAGCGCAAACCUAGGAAGCCGAAGUCUGAAGUUGCACAACUUAAAUCCGGAUUCUCAAGCACCUUUGCAAUUUCAACACAGACGAUCGGUAGUGUUCUGGGGUGCCUACGGCGAUCACUAUUGCCGGCACGAGAGACUGGGCGACUUGCUAAACUCAGCGACGAGGAUAUCAAGGAUAUGGCGGUCAGGAUCGACUCGGCAGUGGCGACGAUGGCAGAGGCCAGGAUGUUUGUUUUUCGGGCAGUAGAGAUUAUGAUCCUUGAUCAGCUGUUGGGAGGAGAGGACAUUUCGGGAGCACUGGAUGCUGUCGCUGGCGAGGAGGAUGCAGGAGAGCCUUUUGACGUGGUCGAGUUACUGUUGGAGAAGGCCGCCGGGACCGCUAUUAUCAAGCAUGUGUUCUCCUUCAUCCUCAACGGAGAGAUCGAGCGCGGUCGCCCUAAAACAGUCAAGGAAAAGUCCAAGGCGGCGAAGAACAUCUCGAAGGCUGCUUAUGAUCGUCUCCGUCAGAUCCUACCAGGAUUUCGGCCUGUCAACAAGGACUCCAUCUGCGUUGGACGGUUGAUUGUUGAUGCAGCGGCGGAAUUCUCUGUUCAGCUGAGAAAACAUUUUCGGGAUUUGCCAUUCACCAUUGGAGCCAGGAUGUUAAAGUGUGGUUGGAGCAAGACCGACCUGCCAGCUGGAUCAUUUAAGGAGCAGCCGGGAUCCCAGACUGUUGGAGCAAUCCAACAAACUACAGCGGAGGAGAGGGAUGACGAUGACGACGAGAAGGACGAGGAUGACGACGAAGAGGACGUAGAGGACGAGGAUGAGGAAGAGGGCGACAACGAUACCAGCAUGCGAUUUGCCGGUGGAUACAUCCGUCACUGGUGGAAAGAGGCCGAACGUCUGCCGCCGGCUAUGCGACCUCUCUUCUGCCUUCGACAUAACUUCACCGAUCCGUUCAUCACAUUUGAGGAGCGGGCUCUGCCGCCAAUCCUGUGGUCCACGAGCAAGAAGAAUCCGAACCCGUGCGCUGCUGCUGCUUCCAAGAUCAUGGCCGCCAAAGAAGCAUCCGCACUCGUCGAAUUGACGCACGGGGAGUUGAUCAGGAUCUUAUUCUAUGGAGAACCAGAUGAGAUCAGGAAGUCACAUUCCGUGUGGCAGACAUCAUACGGGAGACGCUCGACAACUAUGGAAGCUCUUGCCAACAAUCAUCCGGCCAUCUUUGAUCCUAAUAUCCUUCACUCAUACUUGGACAACAAGUUCCGCUUCAUCAACUACGCCAGUGACUGUCGAGAGAAAGGGAUUGCAUGCGACAAGAGUCCCCCUCCCUUGCCGACAAGUCUCCUCUCACAGGAUCCGACCCUAUGCCCGCAACGAUUCGCGCUCAACAACAUCUUUUCGACAAACGGCAAGGAACUCCAUGUCACCUGCUUUGAUACCACCAAGCCCUACAGGAGCAAGUUCGCCUUUAACCCUAUCUAUCGGAUCGAAAACAGAUUCCCAACACUACAAUCAAUUCUGGACGAGUUUGGCGUGUCGUCUAUCGAGGAGAUUGAUGUCUGGGGUAUUGACCCCGGUGAGGUCAACACGGCAGCAUUUUGUAGGAUCUUGCGGACCUAUCUCACUUCAAUUGACACCAAUGUGGCGACAGAUGAUGACGCUGAACCGCAACAUCGACGCAACGACCAAGCAUCCACCAACAGCAUCCUCCCUCCUGGUCUGGAAGCCAAGAAUCUGGUCGUGAGCAGAAAAUCGCUUUACCAGCCUGUGUUUGCCCAUCGACAUAAAAUGCAGGAUCUGUCGACAACGAGGAUCACCGUCAGUCCAGGUCAGACGAUUGAGGGCAAGUUAUGGGCCGAGCAGAAGGACGGGCAAGCGGAUGGAGGAACGUCGAUUCCGAGUAUCAGCGAGAUCCUGAACGUGCUGCCAUCCCGACAAUACCAACAAGUUGCAGACAUGGAGCAAUCCACGUUCCGAUUUUUCCUUGUUCAGGAUAUCUUGCAUGGAUUCUAUGGGUCUGCAAGAGUGAAAGCCAUGGGCUGGGAUCUGAAGAAGGCCAAGAAGGCAGAGAUGGACCUCGCCAUCGAUGCCAUCCUCAGGGAGUGCACCACCAAGACGCUAUUCUGCUAUGGAAAUGGGUCCUUCCGUACAGGCAUUAACCUCGCAUCCCCCCAUGAGUCCUUCAAGGCGGCUGUUGCUGCUGGGCACAUCGUGGUGUUGGUCGAUGAAUACCUCACUUCAAGCAUUUGUCCCACCUGCCUCGAGUCGAAUGAGGUAUCCCGUCUCGCCAAGCCUACUACGAGGUCAUGCGUGUGCCUGACAUGCGGAAGGUGGCUCCACCGCGAUAUUGUUGGAGCACACAACAUUGCCGCUGCAGGCGAGGUUUGGAUGCGGACCUUGACAAGGCCGACGCCUUUGAGUCGCAAGAGCCCAAGUGAACAGUCUGCAUGGUCCCCUGACCUCCAUAAUUCGAACUAG